AUGCAUUAUACAGAUAUCUUCAAGCGGUUUGGGCCGGCCUAUUCAUGGUGGCUGUUCGCAUUUGAGCAUUGCAAUGGUGAGCAGGAACAGGUUAAACUUAAUGGACAUGCCGAGGGAGAGAUGGAAGUGACAAUGAUGCGGAAUUGGGUCGCGAAGCACCGCUUGCAUGAAUUGAUGUUAUCUUUGCCCAAUGAUGUGAGCCCAGAGGAAAGAAAGCUUAUUCAGCGAGCGUGUUCUGAUAAGGGCGCAACUCGUGGUACCCUUCGCACGCAGAUCGCAGGUUUUACUUCUGGCUGCACAAUUCUGAAGCCCAAGUCUGCCAAGAAAUUCACAGACUUGCGAACGUUCCCCCAUCCGACUGUGUACUCAAUGCUGCUAGAGUACACAAGAAAGACAUGGCCGGAGCUCAACAUUGAGGAUGACUUCACGACAGAUCGCAAUGCCAUCCUGUUCCUUGCUGCACGUUCAUCAAAGGCUCUCCCAUUCAUCUGUAAAGACGGCAUUCAUUACAGCUCAUCAAUGGACCACAGGAGUCAGGCUGAUCGCUUUGCAUGUAUCGACAUGGAUGGUUCACGCGUCCCCUGCAGACUAAUAUAUCAUUUCGAGAUAACUAUUUCAGAUAAACCACCAAUAGUGUGCUCCAUCGUGCAGCGCAUGGUGUCGGAUGAUGACAUUCCCACUUUUCCAUGGUCUAUUUACUCCACAGAUCUAGGUGUAUACGUGGCCUAUGCUGACCGUCUGCAAGACAUGGAAGUCAUUGCGACUGAUCAGCUUGCAGCUGCGGUAGCCAUAAUACCCAUCACUUCCAAACGACUCGGCAACGAAGUCCCACUAUGGGUUGUCCAUUCGUUUGACCGGGUAAGUUGA